GUGCCGAAACGCGUCCCCGUGUCGAGCACGGCCCGUUUGAGUACCCACCGCACUGGCGAAUUCGCGGUGCUGUGCUCGGCGCGGGACGCGUAUUUCGACAUUCCUGGGUCAUCCUGGCCUAGGAGGGGUCGAGACCUGCGAGCGCUCGCCCGCGCGCUUGCGAUCGUGCAGGUGCGCGCUUGCUAG